AUUUGUAGUUAGAUUAUGUUUUUUUGGGUGUUAACAAAACUUGGAUUAGACACAAUUUUUGUAUAAUUCCUGUGUUCCCGUGGUAAUUAUUGGCAAAAAUGACCUGGGGAUUCGUCACUUGUGGUCCUAACGAAGCUUUGGUUAUUUCGGGAUGUUGUUACAGCAAACCGUUAUUGGUUCCCGGAGGAAGAGCUUUCGUAUGGCCUUCGAUACAAAAAAUACAAAGGAUAUCGCUGAAUACGAUGACUCUUAUUGUAGACAGCCCUACGGUCUACACCAGCCAGGGUGUACCUAUAUCCGUUACAGGCAUAGCACAAGUGAAAAUCCAGGGUCAAAACGAGGAGAUGCUUUUGGCCGCCUGCGAGCAAUUCCUGGGCAAAAAGCAGGACGAAAUCCAGCACAUCGCCCUUCACACUCUGGAGGGCCACCAAAGGGCCAUCAUGGGCUCCAUGACCGUCGAGGAGAUCUACAAGGAUCGCAAGAAGUUCAGCAAGCAGGUGUUCGAAGUGGCCUCGUCCGAUUUGGUCAACAUGGGCAUCACGGUGGUGUCCUACACACUUAAGGACAUCAGAGACGAAGAGGGCUACCUGAAGAGCUUGGGCAUGGCGCGAACGGCCGAGGUGAAGCGGGACGCGCGCAUCGGCGAAGCCGAAGCCCGCGCCGAGGCGCAAAUCAAAGAAGCCAUCGCCGAGGAGCAGCGCAUGGCCUCGGUGUUCCUCAACGACACCGAAAUCGCCAAGGCGAAGCGCGACUUCGAGCUGAAGAAAGCCGCCUACGACGUCGAGGUGCAAACGAAGAGCGCCGAAGCCGAGCUGGCCUACGAGCUGCAGGCCGCCAAGACCAAGCAGAGGAUCAAAGAGGAGCAGAUGCAGAUCCAGGUGGUGGAAAGAACGCAACAAAUAGCCGUGCAAGAGCAAGAGAUUUCUAGAAGGGAACGCGAAUUGGAGUCUACGGUGCGUAGACCGGCCGAAGCUGAGAAAUACCGGCUGGAGAGAAUUGCCGAGGCGAAUUCGAAGAGGAUUCUACUGGAAGCCGAAGCUGAAGCCGAGUCGGUGAGGUUGAGAGGCGAAGCCGAAGCGUUCGCUAUUCAAGCCAAGGCUGCGGCCGAUGCCGAGCAAAUGGCGAAGAAAGCUGAAGCCUGGAAGGAGUACAAGGAGGCCGCUAUGAUCGAUAUGUAUCUGGAUGUCUUACCUAAAGUGGCAGCCGAGGUUGCGGCUCCUUUGGCUCAGGCUAAGAAAAUUACGAUGGUUUCCACGGGAAGUGGGGAAGUUGGUGCAGCUAAACUCACUGGAGAGAUACUCGAUAUUGUCAAUAAAGUACCGCAACUGGUCAAGAGCAUGACCGGUGUUGAUAUUUCGAAGUCUGUCCACGCCGCAUAAGAAUCGAGACGAACGAAAACUUGGGUCACGUCAGUGUCUUUUUAACGUUUAUAUUGGAUUAGUGUUAGGUCUCGAAAGGAGCUAGCUUAUGCUUAAAUUUUGUAUGUUACCGAAGUAACGUUUUUAUUUUUCAAAAUAUCGAUUCCACCUGUAUACUCUAUUUAAAAACUAGGGGAA